UCCCGAGUCCCGACAUGUCCUCCCGUCUGCAGCACACAGAUGGGAGGCCUGGUCAAUGCCAUUGAACAAAUUAUUUCACUUGUUUAGUUGUUUAUCUGUUUGUUUAUUUAAUUUGUGUCCUUAACUCCUUAUGGUUUUUAUUUACUAAUUAAUCUUUUUGUUUAGCUUUUGGGCGAUGGGUGAAUUCUCAGUGAAGAAACUUUGAGACUUUGUUUCCCUUGUGUCCUCGCAUGUUUUUAUUCUGCAAUAUUAAGAUUGUUAAGGAAGAUAGUCUAUGGAAAUUGUGUUGACUGGCAAACUUAUUCUCCACAAAUUCAAGUGGUUAGAAGAAAUUUCUUUUCUCCUCGCCCCCCUGCCAGUUCCAAUAUUACGAGAGCACGAAAAAAAAAUGCUGCAAUGCCUCACGUUCAAAUCGCCGUCAUCUUCCUCGGCGAACCCUCCUUUACCUUCGUCGCCUCUGGAAGUACAUAACUCGGGAGAGGACACACCGCAAUCCAGCUCCCAAGCUUCCACCACCCUCAACCUCACACCGGAGUACAACCUCGCCGUCCACACUAGUUCCUACAACGAGAUGUGGUCCAAGAUUCACGACCCGGAAGUAAUUAGGGAGGUCGACAUCGGAGAAGACAAUGACUCCAACUCCGACUCCGACUCCAACUCUAAUUCCGACCCGAUGCCGCAGCUGGAUCGAUUGCUCCAUCCUAGCCGAGAAUGCGUCCAAGACAACCUUUGCCGAGCCAAGUCCACCACCCUCACCCUCGUCUCCACCUACUUCGACCAAAGCGAGCACGCCUCUCGCCUCUGCCUCCUCCUCCACCGCAACGCCCGCCGCGCCCGCUCCACAUACGGCCGCCUCCAUCGCCUUCUUGACACCAACAUUCCCCUCGAAGACUGCCCCUCCCCCUGCCCCCUCACCGAAUCGCAAUGCCAUCGAGCCUUCGACGUCUUCCUCCAAUUCGACCGACUCCGCAACCCCUUCCCAUCCCCCACUGACUCCGGCAUCAACUUCCACGACAUGCACCGCUGCUUCACGCAACUCAAGCAGCAACUCGACCGCCGUCUCCGUAAGUCCAAAUCUAGGAUCAGCUUCCUCCGCCGCACCACUGCUGGCUCUUCACUAUGUUUCAUUGGCACGGCAGUUGGCAUUGCCAUAGCUGCGGUUGCUCUAGCGCUUCAUUCCAUGGUUGCCCUUGUAGCUGCCGGCCCACUGUUCUCUGCCUUGGUGCCUUCUGAGUUAACCAAGAAGGAGCUGGCCCAUAUUGCGCAGCUGGAUGCUGCUGCGAGGGGUGCUUAUGUGCUGAACAAUGACCUGCAGACCAUUGAUCGCCUGGUGGCCCGUUUGUACACUGCUGUGGAAGGCGACAAGCUUCUGGUUCGGCUUGGAUUGGAGAGAGGGAUGGACAGUUAUUCCAUCCAAGAGGUGGCCAAGCAGCUCCGCAAGAACCACCUGAGUUUCCUCCUGCAGCUUAAGGAUCUGGAUGAACACAUAUGCCUUUGUUUUGCGACUGUCAACAGGGCGAGAUCUCUUCUUCUCCGACAGAUUCAUCUUAAUUCAUAACUGAUGUGCUUAGAAGUAGGAGAGAGCUUCUUCUUUUCUUUUUUUUCUGUGAAAGAAUUAACCACCAGAUCCUAAUUGAUUAAUAUGCUAGCUUACAAGGAUGAAGUAAUAAUCUUUAAUGAGUGUUCCUAUUCAUACACUCUGCAAUCUAAUAAUUUCUCUUUCAUUCA